GUUUUUCAACUUCCCGGUGACAGAUAAAUUAAAUAUCGAACAACUGUCAUUUCUGCGUAAUGGGCUGUACUUUGUUCCCGGCGCGCUUUUCGUUGACAUUGGCUACCGUUUGUUUGGAUUGUUAAUUUGUUGUGUUUAGCGCCGGUACUAAUUUAGUUGCAACACUAUCCGCACUAGCAGGAAGUCGGAUUCAAAUUGGACCAUGAGUGAAACGAAAGUAGUAUUAAACAGUGCCAACGAUUUACUACUGCUCGGGGAUGCUAUCCGUGAUGUACCGCUAAAGGAAAUAGCACAGACCUCCCUCAAAGGACUUCGGCGCCAGGAAAGCGACGUCGAUUUGUACGAGUUUCUGUUCACCAACAUCAUUCAUCAGUUCGACCCGAGAGAGUUCGAAGAGGAAAUUUCAUGUGCCAUUCUACCAGAAUUGGUUUGCUUUCUAGAGAAGAUUCAAUCGGAAGUGCAAUCGAACGGGCUUUCGGUUUUCUUCGUGGAGAAUAUUACCAUUUUACUAAAAGUUGCCGACGUGUUGUUGAAGCUUGCCGAGUAUCUAACCGAAAAGGAAGAACAAUGUCAGUUGCUUCGAUCGCUGGUAAUAUUUCCCGAAUAUCUUCUACGGUGCUACACGAUCGUUCGAAAAAAUUAUACCACCAUGGCUCACGAGUCCGAAGCACUCGAAGCAAUGAAGUCACUUUAUGCCGUUUGCAAGAAGCUUUUGAUGGCCUUUCUGGACCUGUUGUACCCACGGGAUGCAUCCGGACGUAAUUGUAACUACUUUCGUGCGAUAGAUCACGACAAAGAAUACGAUUGCUUGGAGAAAGUUUGCAUCCUGUUGGCCAAUGUAGGUAACGAAAUCAGCCCUAUCGAUUCACUGCUUGCCAGCGACGUGUGGAAAGCAAUCGUGAAGCUUUGCACCGAUCACGCGGAAGAGUCCUUUCUUUGCAGUAGAACUGCGUGGCUUGGUGAGAUUCUAACAAUUCUGAACAACGGCAUCAACGCCUCAUUCUUGGAUGUACGAACCAAAAAUGAGCUCACGAAACAGAGCACGAUCGCAUUAAAGUUGAAUGCAUUCUUCCUUCGGGUGAUGUUAAAGAUAUUGAUGCUUUCAAAGCAACACGCCGGAGUGUGUGCUUUGACCUCUGUUAUACGGACUUUGCUCGAAGUGAAGUCUUGCCUGCGGCUGAAAACGAUCUGCAACGAUUUGGCAGCGAGCGUUGAACAGUAUCUGCACCUCGGUUACAUGGCUAUCGUGGAAAAUUCCUUCCGCACAGAACCGUUUGCAAAGGCAUUAUCCCAGUACGAUUGUAAAACGCAGGAAGAAAUUCAUUCCUUUUACCAUCUGAUGAUGCACAUCGUCACACAACUAGUUUCGAAUGCAAAAGAUAACGUCCUACUAUCGCUGUACUGCAAACGAUACCAUCUCUUGCAGCAUGUGUGCAGCUUGUUAAAACGAUCUGAUUCAUUGUUCUACGACAACGGUACGCUGUACAAACAAUUGCUUGUGCGCUGCUCAGCACUCGUCCUCAUGGGUGUACGCUUGAAAGAUCGAACAGGACAGAAGAUGGUUGAAGAAGUGCUCGUUCGCAUGGUGCUCCAAGAGCAUUACUACACGGCUUUGUUCGGGAUCGAUCUAUGGUCGAUAUAUGUUCGCUACCAUUCCGCCCAGCUAAUGUACAAUUACUUCAUUUUCUGGAAGAAAAUUAACGAUCACUACUCGAUCUUUACUAGCCGCCCGAAACAGGUGCACGUUCGGCAGCUACUGCGCAAUCUCUUCGUGUUUCUUCCGGUCACGCAUAAGGAAAAGCUUCUCGCCACUUUCCCUGCAACCGAUGGCAAACACGAUCGGUUGUGGGCCGCGUUGUGCCCAUUGCCAGCAGAUAUCGAUGAAUCUAAAAGGAAACAGUUUAUGGGAUGUUUAGAAAAGCGAUUAUUGCAAGCAAUCAAGGCACGGCAACAAGCCCCUGGAAAUUUAAGGAUUUUCUACGAAGUGCUAGGAUUACUCUCGAUCACCGGCAUGGCAAUGAGUUCGAUUGAAGGCUCAACAACUUCUCUUUGGAUCUCCCAGUUGAAGUGGAGUGAGAUCGUGAAAACAUCUUCCGCAAGCUGUAUCUUCGAUAGUCUCGAACGAAACGGUCCAAGCUUGUCUCUAGGUGCAGUGCUAAACUGCACGAAUGCAUCUGCUCUAGUGGAAGCGAAACCAUUUGUAAAGUAUCAGCUUGCAAAGCUAAUCAAUACUCAUCCUAAAUCGUCUAUCAAUGUGCAGAGUUUGCUUGAAGUGCUCCUAAAAGACAAUGUACCAUUCGUAAAGGCAUUUGCUUUUCAUGUGUUAUGCAAACUAAAGGACAACCAGAUACCUACUGCGCAUCAGCUUCUGAACAAACAGCCUUCCCUUCAAUCACAGCUAAGCCGGUGGCACAGCAAUAACUCUACAAAGUUGCAACCGUUAAAAGCUGGAAGUCGUUCCAGGGGGCAAACACUGUCUGUUGUUAAGCAUCGCUGUCAACGGACCGGAGACACAGUGGACUCGUCCGAAUCAUUAGAUAGCUUAAUGCUUACUAUUAACAGCAAAGUGAAUGAACUGUUUCCCGAUGAAGAUGAUGAGCUCAUUCAGGAUAUUGAUGUGGACAUGUUUGAGAACGAUAGCUCACAAAGCAAGAAGCGCAAAUUUGAUGCAACAAUCGAAGAUCAUGCUGAUGGUGCAUCGGAGAUCAACCACUGCUUGAAGGAGCUACAGAGCCAAACGGUGCGUUUGGAAUGUCUAAUUUCCACACAACGCUUACAAACACCGCAGAAAGGAAAGCUGCAGAGCAUAAUAACCGCACUGAGCAGCGUAUUGGACAUUUGAUAGAAGCCCAGGAGAAUUGUAAUAAGUGAUCAGUUUGUGUUACAAAGCAACAUAAACGGGUAUUAAUAGGCUGAUUUGCAGGUAAGUUGUAUAA